AUGUCUAUAACAAAUGUGUGUAUAAUAACUGGUUCAAGUUCAGGUCUUGGACUCCUUACAGCUAAGAAGUUAGUGGCGAAAGAUUUUUAUGUCAUAUUUGCAUGUCGUGACGAAGUUAAAACAAUGUCAUUGCUUCAAAAAUUGAAAGAAGAAUCAGGAACAUCAAAUUUUGAAUUUAUGAAAUUGGAUCUUGGUUCAUUCGACUCUAUUCGACGAACAGAAGAUUUUGGUAGUGAAUGUGAAGUAUUUGCUGCAACAUCUGACACUCUUAAUGGUAAAACUGGAGUAUUUAUGUCUGAUAUGAAAGAAGCACGUUCAAGCGAAGAAUCGUAUGAUGUAGAGAAAGCAAAACGAUUGUGGGAUUUAAGCGAACAGUUAACACAUCAAAAUAUUUAA